AUUAUUUUAUUUUGUUGAAAAUUUGGUCCUGAAAUUGGCUCAGCUUUCUGGUCAGCAUGUUCGAGUGCACACGUUGCAGCCAUAGAAAGGGAGCGCUCAGCUCUGAGCCAGAGUUUGAGUUUGUGGGACCCAAGAUGGGUCGAGAGGGUCGACACAUAAAGGGACUUUCGGACACUUGCCAGGUCUGCCAUUGCCUCACCUUCUUUGUGCAAGCGGCAGCCGAGGGAGCCCGCGGUGUAUCUUUGUUUGAGUUUCAUGGCAUUCCGCGGCCGCCACUGCCGCCCUCAUCGCAGCACAUUCCCCAGCGGAGUGUGAACCCCUCCAGUUGCAGUCCAAAGGAGAACGUCGCUUCCGAGAGCUCCGACGGCAGUGAGAGCAACCCCAACAUGGACUGUGCUGCAGCAGGCGUGGAUCUGGUGCAGCUCAUGCAGAAAUUGACCGACAUAGAGCGUCGCCUCGAUGAGCUCGAGGCACUGGAUGUGGAGGAGCAAACAAGCUCCGAGGACGCAGAAGAGCGGGAGUCCGAGGAGCAGAAGAAAAACGCCAAGGUGCCAGCGCGUGUGCGUGAAGCAGAGCCAGGGGAUGGGUCUGCCCCAUAGGAAUGCCUUUCCGCCUUUCCGCCUUUCCAGUCAGACUAUUAAUUAUAU